CACACGAUGGAUGUUGCGUGCAAUGCGACGGCCGACUCCGAAUCUGCUGUUUAUGUAUCUCUCAAAGAAUUCAUCGCGCUUUGCCCUUUAUAUGUAAGAGGACACUGUCUCCGUCCACUGCUCUGUUUCCCUUGAUCUCACAAACUCUUGACCUCACAAGUCCAACAUAUCCUCAAGCGCCUUUAUCGUUAUCUUCAACCCCACUAUGCAAUUGUCUACCCUCGCUAUCUUUGCUGUGGCUUACGGGACGGUAGCUGUAGAUGCACUGACUCCUUUCACCUGCAAUGACUGGAUCACUCACCGGUACAUCGGUCAAUGUGGUCACCAGUCCGGUAGCAAUUAUAUUCUUCGAGAUGCCGAAUCUUGGCCGGGAAACGAGCCACUUCAAUUUACGCGCUGUCCUGAUACUAGCUACUGUUGUGGCCAAGAUAUGGCACUCGGACGCGGUAUCACCAAACAAGAACUCGAUGACAAUUGCACAGACAUGACGUAAAAUAAGUCAAUCCAGAAAACCUGAUGCCGUGUUUGGAAGGUUUUCUUGUUCAUGUUUCUUUCAGCAUCUUUGAGCCUGAGCUAUCACAUGAUUUGAUAACCUGCACAAAAUCUCCUCUCAAACCCACUUUUGCAAACAAAUCAAUAACUUUUGGUGUCAUACACAUUCAC